AUGGUAAUAAUUGUUUUGAGGAUGACUGAUCGCCCUAUUUCAGUGUUCCAUAGGUCGGGAGAUAGUGUAUCUGUUGGUAUGGAUGGUGAUUUUGGUGAUCGGAGGGAAGCCCCAUUCCCAUCCAAUGCAAGAACAUGUAAGUCUUUGAAUUCAAAUAAUUAUUUUAAAUCCUCGUAUUUCAGGAUCCAAAUGCAGAGUUUAUUUGCAAAGGGAGGCUGGGUGAGAUCGCGGCCUGUAUUUGCAACGAGACGGCCGAAGAAGUGGCCUGUGUGAAUGCCCAAUUCGUGGACAUUCAUGUGUUCGAAUACAUCAAUUCUCCGUAUCCGAGUGUCAAGAGGGUCACGUUCCAUGGCAAUAACUUCCAGGAUCUCCCGGACUCUCCACUCUUCGGAUCUUACAUCCAUGAUGAUCUCAGAGUGCUUAAUAUAUCCGCAAAUUACAUAGUAAAUCUGAAUUCAAAUGCCCUGAAAGGGGCUCCCAAUAUCCGAAUUCUUGAUUUGAGCAACAAUGAGAUCGUUUUGAAGAAGGAAAACGUUCUUUUCCUUACUCAUACACCUAAAUUGACACAUGUAAGUGAGCAUUAAUAAGGGAUGUAAUUGUUUUAGCUUCACCUUCGCCGUGCCUUUACUGCCUCCGUUAAUCGAACGAUUCAAUUCGCCUUAAUGAUGGAAAUGUUUGAAAAGGCCAAUCUAAAGAACUUAAAGGUACAUCUUUGUAAAUUGAGUUUCUUGUUUUGAAAUAACUUAAUUGCUUAUUCUGUCUGAACUAAAUAGUGAUAGUUUAGUUCCUGGACCUGAGCUACAACUAUCUAACAUCAGUUCCAUACAACCUGGCCUGCCCUUUUCCUUCGCUGACCUUCCUCGACUUCAAACAGAACCUUCUUAAAACUCUGGAAAUGAAUGUGACUUGUCUGUCCAAGGUGGAUAACAUCGAUCUUUCGAGGAAUCAUUUCCGAAGUCUGGAUGAGGGAUUCCGAAGAAACUUUGCCAAUUAUUUGCCCCCUCAAUCGCUGAUGCUCAGGAAUUUCUUCGACUGUAAUUGUAAAAGUAUCGAUUAUCUGAUAUGGCUUCGAUCGACGCAUACGGUAGGUGUUGUAUAUGUAAUAAUAGUCCUUCCGGAAAGUCGCCGGACUGAUUUUUUUGGCGUUUGCAUUGUGCGAAAAAGUCAGGGUGCAAGCGACGGCCCAAAAAAGCCUAUUGAACGGUGCAAAAAGCCAGAAAUUGCACAAUGCAAAGUGAACUUUCGUUUUCCCACAGUGCGUGUUGCCGAUUUCAGUCCGGCGACUUUCCGGGCGGACUAGUAUUAUGCACCUUUUUAAAAAUAAAACCGAUAGUUUUAAUAUUUUAUAUCCGCUUAAUGUUCAGGUUCGAGAGAAAAAUCAAUUGACUUGUCAACGGGCCUCUCCCCCCAACUUUGUGGGGGCCAAACUGGUGGAGGUACCCUUGAAUAAAUUGGACUGUGAGCACGAGAUCAACGAGACCAACCUCGGCCUUCAGAUCAGCACCAUCUUCGGGCUGAUCGCUGCUGUUCAUCUACUUUUAUAUUGA